CUUUUAUCUUUUUAAUGUCAAUUGAACUGGACCUUCCUAGUUGUUCAUUGUUGGCUGCUCUAUGCGUUGCUAUUGCAGUGAUCGUCUUGAAAUACAGUAAUCAACCUGACACUCAUCCUCGUAUGUUAUGUUAUCAAAGCGAAUUCUAUCCUGCUUCAUGCUCUGGUGAAAGUGCUAUUAUCAGAUCAAAAUUGUAUCCUAAAGGGCCUCCAUCUCUGUCGACAAUUGAAACUCUAAGCGGUUUUUAUCACACUUGCUUAUCGAGAAACAAAGAAGGAAAGCAACUGUUUCUUGGAGCACGAGCCAAUAGACAGAGCACCAUUCUUUGGCAUAGCUAUGAUAAUGCACUGGAGCGAGUCAAACACAUUUACUCUGGCUUGAUUUGCAAGACAAACUUAAGACCAUGUACAGACAAAUCAUCUUCAUUUUUGGGUAUUUAUGCAUCAUGUUCCCCAGAGGUUUAUAUGACCGAAAUAGCUUGUCAUUGGGGUGGCCUUGUGACAGUGCCAAUUGCUGCUCAGGCUAUAUCAUCACAUAUACUCCAUGUGAUACGGAAUGCUGGCUUGAGUGUUUUGAUGAUCGACGAUACUCAUUUGGAAUUCAUUUUGGACCUUAUUUUAGGCUCAAGUAUUACGCAUAUUAUUGUCAUUACUCACGAACAGCAGAGCUACAGGGAAAUGGAACCACUUUAUGGUAUAAAAAUCUUUUCUUUGUUUGAUCUAGAGAAAAUAGGUCAAGAAUAUGUCAUUGAGAGACACAAGAAAAUCUCACCUGACUCGAUUGCGAGUAUAUACUAUUCCAACCCCAAACAUAAUACAUUCAGUGAUCACACAAAUCGACAAGAAGAAAAGUCUUUGGGUGUCGUUUUGACACAUAAAAAUAUAAUGUCAGUGAUAGGUAAGUUACUUUAUAGUUACAGUAUAUCACUUGACAGAGUACAAUUAGCGAGUUAUCUUGUUCAUUUUCCCUCGAGUCACAAGGCAACACCUAAGGAUAGACUUAUGCAUAGCUAUUCAAUUGACAACAUAUUAGGAUAUGUUUUUGAAGCUGUCAUUUGUUAUGCAGGUGGUUCUGUUGUAUUUGAAGACAAGGUUCUGUUAAAUGAAUUUAACCUAGACACAUCAUUAAUACUUCCAGCCAUUUAUGAGUCAAAGCCAACAAUUUACGCAAGUGGUGGCCCAUUUUUGAGACAAAUUCAAAAAACAAUAGAAAGCAAAUACGGUAACUCAUUUCUCUAUCAUCGAGGACUAGAUAGAAAAUGUCGAUAUCACAAUCAAGGGAAAGUGGUGUCAGACUGUAUUUACGAUAUGCUUGUGUUUAGAGAUAUUCGACAACGCAUGUUUGGAGGCAGUAUACGGGUUUUGCUGGUAGAGGAUGACGAUGCUCCUAAAACUGAUAUAUGUACAUUCUAUCGGGCUGUUCUAGGUGCUCAAGUCAUCAAGACUUUCAGUCGUCCUGAAAUGAGCUCAAGUAUGGUUGCGACCAUUGUCUAUGAUUAUACACAUGAUAAGCGUGCCAUUGGAGCUCCUUUAGCCUGUUCAGAGAUCAAGCUGAUUGAUACGAAAGAAUAUACUGUAAAAGAUGUGCCUCAUCCAAGAGGUGAAAUCCAAGUACGAGGAAGCCAUAUCUUUAAAGGCUAUUGGAACCACUCAGCAUUAAAAGAUCAGAACGGUUGGUACUCAACUGGAAUGUUGGGAGAACUACUGCCUAAUGGCACGCUUAUUAUGCUUGGUUCAGCUAUUCAACAAAAUAUGGAUAAUAAUAAAUAAUUUAAUUUACAAAAU